GGGAAGACGUAUGUACCACUUCCCCGGACGCACACCCUCUCAAGCCGCCAUGUUUUUAGGCUGGGUGUGGAUAGCUCUUCCCCCAUAAGGAAAUGGCCGGUGAGCCCCGGAGAACCAAAGCCCUCUUGCUUCGACGGAGCCCGGGCUAACAAAGCAGGGAAGCGGGGUAAUACAGCACCUCUGUGCAGGGUGGGAAGGCCAUGGCGUCCGGCAGUAACUGGCUGUCCGGGGUGAAUGUCGUGUUGGUGAUGGCCUACGGGAGCCUGGUGUUUGUACUGCUAUUUAUUUUUGUGAAGAGGCAAAUUAUGCGGUUUGCAAUGAAAUCUCGAAGGGGACCUCAUGUCCCUGUGGGACACAAUGCCCCCAAGGACCUGAAAGAAGAGAUUGAUACUCGACUGUUCAAGGUUCAGGAUAUCAAGUAUGAACCGCAGCUCCUUGCAGAUGAUGAUAGCAGACUGCUACAGCUGGAAACCCAGGGAAAUCAAAAUUGCUACAACUAUCUGUACAGGAUGAAAGCUCUGGACGCCAUCCGUGCCUCUGAGAUACCAUUUCAUGCUGAAGGCCGGCAUGCUCGUUCACUAAUGGGCAAGAAUUUCCACUCCUACCUGCUAGAUCUUCGAAACACUAGUACUCCUUUCAAGGGUGUGCGCAAGGCCCUAAUUGAUACCCUGCUGGAUGGCUAUGAGACAGCUCGCUAUGGGACAGGGGUCUUUGGCCAGAGCGAAUACCUGCGCUAUCAGGAGGCCCUGACCGAGCUGGCCACUGCGGUCAAAACACGAAGUGGGAGCUCUCAGCGACAUCACCAGUCAGCAGCCAAAGACCUUACUCAGUCUCUUGAAGUUUCCCCAACAACCAUCCAGGUGACAUACCUCCCCUCCAGUCAGAAGAGUAAACGUGCCAAGCACUUCCUGGAAUUGAAGAGCUUUAAGGACAACUAUAACACAUUGGAGAGUACUCUGUGAUAGCGCUGAAGGACUCUGGCUGUAGACUGAGCCAGGCAGACUGCAGUGUGCAUGCUGGGCAGCCCUCAUUUGAGCCAUCUGGCUCAGCAGGCCCAGACUAUUGCUGAAGUGCUCAUUGUGUCUAGAACUCUUAGAGCUCAUGCCUGGAGGGUUAUUUUCCAGCCCUUUCUUAUGGGCAGAACAUCAAUUAAGACUUUUUCUGGAAUUGAAUUUGAGUGUUCUUAAUGUUUCUGACAACCCACCCUAAAGCCCUAAAAAUCCUCACCUGGUUUUAGUCAUAGUUCACUUGCCCUGUUCUAGGCCCCUGUUCCAAACCAUUUAAUCCCAAAGGUUAGAGGUGGGGUGAGAAGACUAUGUGACUUCCAUGUCUGCCCCUUUGUCUGCACUUGAAUGGGGAUUGGGUUUGGGGCACCUCAAACUUGUUGAUGGGAAAAGCAGACGAGCUAGCAGGGAGGUCAGGUGCUGCAGUGGAAUGGUGUGUAGAACAAUUUACCCUGGUACUCUGCUUAAACCAGGAUGUGUUGAAACAUGAACACAACUUUCCUGAUGUGCAAGGAUCUGCCCUUCCACUUCCAUUCCAUACUCUGUCCUGAAUAAAUUGAAUAAAGGGGAACUCUUUGGACAUCUAGCAUAAUCCUAUACCCCCUCAUUUAUUGAGGAUGCUAUAGGACACUGUGAAGGAGUGAUGUUCCCUAACAAGUCAGUGCACUGUUUGUUGAACUUUAUUAGUUAUUUAAUAAAAUGAACUAUUAAAAAUAAAAAAGCAUGAUUCA